GUCCCGAGACCUGAAGAUGGCGGCUGUCAGAUGCCUGCGCGGGGGCAUGAGCCGAGCAGGAGUCUGGCUGCUCCCGCCGCCCGCGCGCUGCCCGCGCCGAGCUCUGCACAAGCAGGUAGACGGCACCGCGUUCCAGAGCAUCUACAGCCUGGACAAGCUCUACCCCGAAUCCCAGGGCUCGGACACCGCAUGGAAGGUCCCGGAUGACGCAGAGCAAGCCAGCAAUGACAUCCCUCUAGAUCGCUUGACGAUAUCUUACUGCCGUAGUAGUGGUCCUGGGGGGCAGAACGUUAACAAAGUGAAUUCCAAGGCUGAAGUCAGGUUCCAUUUGGCGACCGCGGACUGGAUCGCAGGGCCCGUGCGGCAGAGGAUCGCCAUCUCGCAUAAAAAUAAGAUCAACCGGGCAGGAGAAUUGAUACUCACCUCUGAAAGCAGCCGCUAUCAGUUCCGCAAUCUGGCAGACUGCCUACAGAAAAUCCGAGACAUAAUCGCCGAGGCCAGCCAGACACCCAAGGAGCCAUCCAAAGAAGAUGCUAAACUUCAGAGAAUCAGGAUAGAAAACAUGAAUCGGGAAAGGCUGAGACAGAAGAGAAUUCAUUCUACCAUAAAGACGAGCAGGAGAGUAGACGUGGACUGAAAUUACCCGCAGCUGGCAAAGACCAGGCUUCAGGGCGCCCAGGCAGUUGCGGCGGAGAUGCCUUUAACACCGUACAGAGGUGUCUUUGUUCCUGCUGUUAGUGCUCGUCUGUGACAUUGGCGCCAUCACAAGAAUGUUCAUUUGGAGUGAGAGUUUCAGGCACUAGUUGCAAAGGUCUUUAUAGGCAAUUACCACAUUUUCAAACCUGAAUUAUCUACCUGCUGUAUUGGUUACA